AUGGAUUCCAGAAAAUAUCAGCAUCAGGCUGGAAAGGACUUGAACAGCAUCAAAAUCAGAAGUGAUUUGAACUCCAGCUUAUUACAAAAUGCAUCAUUUGUGCGUCCAGAGUACUUUUUCAUCAGUGGAUUUUCUGGAAUACCUUUCAGCCAAUACUAUUUUGUUUUUUUAUUUUUUGUCUAUAUUGUCUCACUAUGUGGGAACUUGGUUGUCCUUUUCAUGAUAUUAGUUGAUCGAAGCCUGCAUAUUCCUAAAUACAUGGGAAUCUUUAAUUUAGCUCUGUCAGACUUUGGUGAAACAAAUGCACUGAUUCCUAACCUUAUGAAAACAUUUCUUUUUAAUUCACAAUACAUAUCCUAUGAGGCAUGUUUAGCUAACAUGUUUUUUACUUUUUUCUUUGCUGGUGGACAGUCGUUAACUCUUGUUGUCAUGGCGUAUGAUCGUUUUAUUGCCAUUUGCUUACCCCUGAGAUACCACGCUUUUGUGAAUAACUCCUUCAUGUCUGCAACUUUAACAGCAAUAUGGGUAUUUAAUGGUGUUAUAAUUGGCACAUUGGUGGUUUUGAUUACACGACUUUCAUUCUGUAAAACCAAUGAGAUAAAGAGCUUUUUUUGUGACCAUGGGCCAGUUUAUAGACUUGCUUGUAAUGACAAUAGCAUGAAUUCCUUCAUGGCUAACUUUUGUACUGCAGUAUACCUCUAUGCACCAUUGACUGCCAUAAUUUUAUCAUACUUAGGCAUUCUGCUGGCCUUAACUAAGAUUACAACAUGGGAGAGUCGUCUUAAAGCAUUCAAAACAUGUGUCUCUCACCUGUUGGUAGUAGGAAUAUUUUUCCUUCCUGUAUUGAGUACGUACCUUGCAGCUGUAACAUUCUCUCUCCAUCCUAAUGCUAGGAUAAUUAACACUUCACUAUCAGUAACAAUUCCACCCAUGGUAAAUCCCAUCAUUUAUGUCUUGAACACAAAUGAAUUCAGAAUUGUCAUAGUGAAAAUGUUUAAAAAGAAAACUAAAAUUUCUCAGGUGCAGGCUUCAGCAAAGUGA